AUGGAGACGUCGGACACCCCCAAGCCCACCGCCACCGCCGCACCAGCACCCAUAGCGACUUCGGUGUCGCAGCCGCCAACAUCGCAACUUCCCUCACCACCACACUCGCAAACUAGUCACCCCGCCGAUGUCAACACCAAGAUGUCACUCGACGCCGCGGAUAGUAUGACGCCGCCUUUCUCGCCGUCGAGCCAAACACCAGUUCUGCAAAAGGAACAAGAGGAGUUCGAGGGCACCGUCGACGUGAAUAACGACAUUCCGAGCGAGAAAGACUUGGCCAAGGUAGAAGACCUGUUAGUCUUGGAUGCGCAAGGGCAGAGCAGGCCAUUCAAGGAGCUGUACAAAGCACCCCACGUCGCCUCAAGACAGCUGAUCAUUUUCAUACGACAUUUCUUCUGCGGCAAUUGCCAAGAAUACCUCCGCACCCUCGCCUCGUCCAUCAAACCCGACGACCUCCUCUCGCUGCCCACACCGACCUUCAUCACCGUCAUUGGCUGCGGAAGACCCGAACUCAUACCCAUGUACACAGAAACCACCGGCUGUCCGUUUCCCAUAUACGCGGAUCCCAGCCGCAAACUUUAUGACCAUCUGGGCAUGACGCGCACCUUCAAUCUAGGGGCGAAGCCGGAAUACAUGCAGACCAACGUCCUCAUAAACUCGGUCCAAUCCAUCUUUCAGGGUCUCAGCACCGGCAAAAAGGCGCUCAAAGGCGGAGAUUUCAAACAAGUGGGUGGAGAGUUCUUGUUUGAGAAUGGCGAGUGUACCUGGGCGCAUCGCAUGAAGACUACGCGAGGCCACGCCGAAGUAUCAGAUAUACGCAAGUUGAUUGGAUUGGAUGGAUCGAGGCCCCCGCCAAGGAGAAAAUGGAGUCACGACGUCAAGAAAGAAAAAGACAAGGACGGCGAGGGCAGAAAGAGGGCGAUGAGCUGGGGGAGGCUGAGGAGUAAGAGCAAGGGUGGUAAGGAUAUUCCGGGCGGUACGGAUCUGUCUAGGGGUUCUAGCAAACGGUCGACUCCGGACAGGAUACUAGAAGAAGACCCGAAGAAGAUGGAAACAGGUCUAUGA